AUGUCCACUUUACGUAACGCAGUACAGAGAAGAAACCAUAAAGAACGUGGUCAAGUAGCAGGCCGUGAAAGAUAUGGUCUUUUAGAAAAGAAGAAAGACUAUCUUUUGCGUGCUAGAGACUUUCAUGACAAGCAAAACAAGUUAAAGACCAUGCGAGAGAAGGCUCUCUUUAGAAAUCCCGAUGAAUUCUACUUCAAGAUGAUCAACACACAAACCAAGGGCGGUGUGCAUAUUCAAAAGAGAAAUGAAGAGCUUCCUGACGAAAUGAUACAACUGAUGAAGACCCAAGACAAAGCAUACAUUAAAUACCAGCGUGAUCUGAGUAAGAGAAAAUUAGAGAAAUUACAAGCAUCACUUCAUUUUGUGGAUGAUGCUAAAAUGUCAGAUGAAGAAGAUGAGGAAUCAGAAGAUGAACGACCAGCAAAAAAGAACAAAUCAAAUCACAUUGUCUUUGUCGAUUCAGAGACAGAAGCACGUACAUUUAACCCUGUCAAACACCUUGAUACAUUACCUGAAUUGGUGAAUCGUAAAUUCAAUAGACCUUCAGUAAAAACCCUACGAGAAUCAUCUAUAGCUGCACCUGUUACUGGUAGAGAACUUAAAGAUAUCAAGAAAGAACGAGAGCGUUUGUAUAAAGAAUUGGCAUCUCGUAUGAAGCGUGAAGAAGAGCUAGGUAGAGCAGAACAAGAAGUCACAACUCAAAAAUUAUUACGUGGAAAAGGCAGAAGAAAGCAAGUUGGUAAAGACAAGUAUGGAUUGCCCGUCUAUAAAUGGAAGGCAGACCGUAAGAAAUAA